UUCCGGUACAAGUGAUUAAAUAUUAAUAAAAUAAAUAUUGAGACAUUGUGUACGUGUAGAUAACACUUGUCAUUGGCGCUUGUCUGACGUGGUGGUCUGACCGAUUCGUCGACAACACGGGAAGGAUAACCAAAAAUCUAGUGAAAUAUUUCUCAAAUUUGUAAAGUAAAUAAUAAAUAAAAAUGUUGGACAGUUUAUUCGACGAUGUCAAGCGCAUGAACAAGCGGCAGUUUAUCUACCAAGUUUUAAGUUUUGGUAUGAUAGUGUCGUCAGCGCUAAUGAUAUGGAAAGGCCUCAUGGUGGUUACGGGGAGUGAGAGUCCGAUAGUGGUGGUACUCUCGGGCAGUAUGGAGCCCGCAUUCCAUAGAGGAGAUCUGUUGUUUUUAACGAAUUAUCCUGAGGAGCCCGUCCGCGUCGGAGAGAUCGUUGUCUUCAAAGUCGAAGGGCGAGACAUUCCCAUCGUUCACAGAGUUCUGAAACUUCAUGAAAAGAACAAUGGAACAGUGAAAUUCUUAACCAAGGGUGAUAACAAUAGUGUGGAUGACCGAGGUUUAUACGCACAAGGACAACUGUGGCUCACUAAAAAGGAUGUAGUUGGUCGUGCUAGAGGCUUUUUACCUUAUGUUGGAAUGGUUACAAUUUAUAUGAAUGAGUACCCUAAGUUUAAGUUUGCAGUGUUAGCAUGCCUAGCAAUUUACGUUUUAGUACACAGAGAGUAAUGGAUCUGAGAUGUUGCAGAAGCAAGCUGAGGAGUGAAUAUGGCACUAUGGAUGUAUUUAAUUUUAUGAAUAAAUGAAGUUCUCUCUUCUAGCAUUCCUUAUACUUUCGAAAAAAAUGUUAUUUGUCACAACCAAUAGUAAAAACUACAUGUUACUCUUUUAACUGUUUACAGAUUUUUAAGUUUCAAUUCUGGAAGAUAGAUUUUUUUUAUAACGUUCAUCUGUACGAUAUAAUUAUAGGCAAUUAUCUUAAACACGGUAUGAUCUAGAAAUUGCCGCGUCCUGCAACAGAAUAUUGUUAAUUUUAAUAUUCGCUCCGUGCACAACGUGAACGCGUCUGAUUCGAAGUUUUGAGGGCUCUGAUAUUUCUGUAACAAACAUUGUGAAGAUAAUCACGGAAUUAUUUGACUGUACAGCACCAACAACGACAUGCAUGUUGAAGAUUGCAACGUGAUAUCGGGAACUGGAAACUAAAGUUAGUUUCCAUUCGUUAGGGUGUCCAGUUCGCAUUCAAGAUGCGAGUGAGAUUAGUGUCAAUCAUGUAAGUUUGCAUUUAUGUAUUUUUUAUACAUAUAUUAUGCAAGUUGUACUAAACGUACGUAAACAUAGUUGCCCUUUUUGGUGCUGUGAGAAGUGCGAUCAAUUUUGUUAUCUUAGAGCCAGACAUACUUAUCGAAGGCUAUUGACGAUUUGUCCCAACAUACAACUAAAAUAAUGUUUAUAGCGUGAAACUACCGCCGAUGGCCGUCGACGAGUAUACCUUGACCGUUAAUCUUGUGUGCACGAGGCCAAUUGUAAUCAAACUGUUUAAAUAAUUACUACAACCGCUUAUUUGAAUGUCAGUAGUUUAAAAGUGCUAUUACCUCAUUGUGUUGAACAUUUCUAAUUUUAUUAAUAGUUAGUUUAGCUCGGAAACUAGAAACAUUUAAAAAAAUAUUGAAAUAAAAUUAUUUUUUAAUGUGCAUCUUUUCAUUUAGGAAGCACAACCACAAAAUCUCGCGUACGUUAUUACUGGUAGAGUUAA